AAAAGUCACAAUCUAAAUCGUAAGGGCUUGGUCAUUUCGUGGACUCGGCAAUUUGUGAGAGAGAGAACCAAAGACAAAAUGGCAAUGGCGUCGAUCCGAUCCAAUCUUCUUCGCGCCGCCCUACGCGGUGCCUCUCGAAACUCCGUUCAGCCUAAACGCGGCUUUGCUUCCUCUGCUCACGACGACGCUCGUGAAACGGCAAAGUGGGAGAAGAUUACUUAUGCAGGCAUUGUAACCUGCUCUAUUUUAGCAUUCUAUAAUCUAUCAAAGGGCCACCCCCACCAUGAAGAGCCCCCUGUAAGCUAUAACUUCAGUCAAUUUAUACUUUUUCCUCAAGUGCUGAGUACCUUAGUAGAAUUGUGGAAUUAUGUAUUGUACUCUCACGUGUUAACCAUUUAUUUUUGUUUGGGUUUUCACUGUAUGCAGGCAUAUCCAUAUAUGCACAUACGCAAUAAAGAGUUUCCUUGGGGUCCUGAUGGUCUCUUUGAGGUGAAGCACCACUGAGAAUUACUCUUGGGUUCAAAAAGCGGAUCAGAGUUCUCAUUCCUGUUCCAUAUCAGAAAGACUUCAUGGACUGGUUGGUUUAGAUUUUUUUCUCUGCAAAGGAAAAGCCAUGGCAUGGCCAUUUUGCAUUUGUUUAAAUGCUAUCAGAAUAUUAUGUGAAUCGUUUAAUUUUUUUCUGUCACAGCCAUCCUUCCUGAUUAAUAAGAUAAACUUUCUUUCCAUUGUCCUGAAAGGUUUGCAGUAAGGUGUGCUUGGAUUGAAAAAUGAGCUUGUAUAACUACCGGUACUUAAUGGGUAAUAAUUAUUACUUGGGUGAACUACAACAAUUACUACGUUUUAUCAACACA